AUGUCAUGGAAUGCAGUCAUUGCUGGUUAUGCACAAAAUGGGUUAGUGGAGAACGCCUUAAAGUUUUUCAAGGAAAUGCAAUUGGCAGGUGUAAAUCCAAACCUGGCAACCUUUGCCAGUAUCCUCCCUGCUUGUGCCAGACUUGGUGCUUUGGAAGAGGGUCUUGAGAUUCAUCAAAAGAUAAAUGAAAGUAGAUUUUCAUCAGAUGUUGUAAUUGCAAAUUCUCUGAUACACAUGUAUGCAAAAUGUGGAAAAAUACAGAAAGCGCGUGAAUUGUUUGACAAAAUACAUAAUCCAAAUGUGAUUUCAUGGACAGCGAUGAUUGCAGGAUAUGCAAUAAAUGACUAUGCCAUGCAGGUCUAGUGGAUGAGGGUUGUAAAUAUUUCAGUGAACUGAGUGACUCUUACUGCAUUAUGCGUUUAGUGGAUCACUAUGUAUGCAUGGUUGACAUUCUUGGCCGCGCUAGCUUUCUUCUGGAGACCAUAAACUUCAUCAUCAAAAUCCUAUAAAACCUGAGGUAGUUGUGUGGAUGUGUUUUCUCGGCGCUUGUAGAUCAUACAAGAGCAUAGGGCUCGGAGAAUUUGUAGCAACACUUCUUUUUGAGUUGGAUCCUAAAGAUACCGCCCCUUAUGUUCUCAUGUCUAACAUUUACGCAGAAAUAGGCAGGUGGGAUGACAUUCAAAAGGUAGAGGAAUCAGAAAGAUACCUGGAUCUAGCUGGAUCGAAGUCAAUAAAAUGGUACACACUUUUAGUGUGGGAGAAAGAUCCCACCCACAAACACAGGAAAUCUAUGCGAAGUUGGACAAACUAUCUGGGGAGAACAAAGCAGCAAAGAAUAUUUCAGAUACAAAACCUGUCAUGAAUGAUGUGGAAGAGGAGAAACAAUCGCUUCUCUGACACCUUAGUGAGAAGUUGGCAAUUGCAUUUGGCUUGUUAAAAACCUCCCCUGGAACAACUAUUACAGUUGUCAAGAACCUCCAUGUUUGUGGUGACAGUCACACUGCAACCAAGUUUCUAGCCAAGAUUGUUUAUAAAGAAAUAAUUGUGAGAGAUGCGAACCAAUCCCACCAUUUCAAACUCGGCCAAUGUUCUUGUGGAGAUUUUUGGUGAUGUAUAGUGAAUAAAGCAAGAAACAGAAGCUUUGACUAAAACAGGGUGCAUGGUAUCAGACUUCAUGUUGCAAGAAGGAACUCGGAUUUUAUUUUCAGUUUGUGGAAUUUUUGUUGCUCAACGUUUGAAGAGCUAGAACAGGCUGUGGACUCAAUGAGAUCUUAUUAUAUAUUCUACAUCCCUGCCUAGAUAUAUUGAUGAGACAUUUCUUAAGGCCCUGUUAUAUAAUACGACAGAGUCACAACUUUGAACGGUUUUCCAGGUGUUCUAUACAGUUCUAGGCUGAAAAGCUAGAAGAGGCAGAAGAAUGGAAAAAUGAAAGGAGAGGAAUGCUUGAAGGAAAUUGAAAGCUGCUAAGCUAGCAAGAAUUGUGAUGGAAGAGAUUACGAGGCAAAAGAAUGGGAAAUAUGGAAAGAGAGGAAUGCAUAAAAGGAAAUUGUUAUCUGCUCGACCAGCAGGGAACGUGCCAGAAGAGAUUACGAUGAAUCCAAUCCUUGGUUAUGAUGCUGACAGCAUCUCUUGACAAAUCUUUGUUCCUACAUAUGUCAUUUUGAAAGGUUCCUCCGUCUAGAUUAGUUCUAUCAUCUUGUGCCUGUGUCAGGUGUGCCACUUCGAGGGCAUAAAUUAUGUACCAAUUCAUAUAUGCAAGUUUAUAUUUAUACA